AUGGAGCACUUCCAGGCGGCGCUGGAUCCUCGCAAGCAGGAGCUGCUGGAGGCUCGCUUUCUAGGCGCCAAGGUGAGCGCGGGGGCGGUACUGGUUGAAAGCCAGCGUGUUACCGAGUUCAAACCGGCUCGGGUUCGAAUGUCUCGUUGGCAUUGCACACUUGCCGAAGUUGCGCUCCCUCUUCACCCUACACCCCUCGUACUAGAAAAUUGGGUUAAACAGCACACGGCUCUACCGCACCGGAAGAGGGGAUUCGGGCAGAGCUGCGCUUCAACAAAUGCGGGACAAAGAUGUGACUGA